AUGGACAAAUUACCUAAGGAGAUACUUCAACUUAUCCUCAAGCCACUCGUACGAGGGUCGAUCCGAGGGCUAUGUCGAUGGGCAGUCAAGAACACAGCUCCGGAAUACCCGUAUCGAUUUUCUCUAGAUGCUUUCGUCACUCUCAGAAAUUUAGAAGCCUCGGAAGACGACUUCGAUUCGUUCAUCGCAGCUAAUCUGCCCGAGGAUGUACAUGAUGAUUUUCCCGAAAUAAUGCGGGCACUGGCCGUGCUGAAACAGUUCGAUAAAAGAAUACGCUUGAGAUUGUAUGCAUACAAUCGAGAGGUGGAGAUCUGGUGCGAUACACAGAGUAUGGAAGAAGAAAAAGCCGACAAGACUUCGCCAUUGGAGGAGGAUACCAACUGUGCGAAAUCGCCCGCGCUGAUUGGGUCGGAUUAUCCGUUGCGAAGACUUUCUUGGGUUUCAGACGACAUCAGAGACGUGAAAGAGGGGACUUUUACAAUUGUUUCAGGAGGAUAUUUCAAGCCGUAUUGGAAUGAAUCGUUCGGUCGCAUCUACAAAUGA